GGCGCCGCCCGCCCUCGGCCCCGGCCCCGGCCCUGGCAGGGGGUUACCCUCCUUCCCUGCCUCCCUCCUUCGCUCCCUCUCGCCUCGCCGCCCUUCCCUCCGUCCCCCCCCCGGUGGCCAUGGCCUCCCCCCGUGCCGGCCGGCAGCCGCAAAAUGAUGGCUAUCGGUCCUUAUCCUUGUCUGGUCAUGUUGGUUUUGAUAGUUUACCUGAUCAGCUGGUUAACAAAUCCAUCAAGCAGGGCUUCUGCUUCAACAUUCUUUGUAUCGGAGAAACUGGAACUGGGAAAUCGACCUUAAUAGACAGUCUGUUUAACACCAGUUUUGAUGACCCUGUGUCAACUCAUUUUCAGCCAAAUGUAAGACUUAGAGCCCAGACAUACGAACUCCAGGAAAGCAAUGUUCGUUUGAAACUAACCGUUGUAAAUACCGUGGGCUUUGGUGACCAGAUAAACAAAGAAGAUAGCUACCAGCCAAUAGUGGAUUAUAUAGAUGCCCAAUUUGAAGCCUAUCUCCAGGAGGAACUGAAAAUUAAACGUUCUUUAUUUAGCUACCAUGAUACUCGCAUCCAUGCCUGCCUCUAUUUCAUCUCACCUACAGGCCAUUCCUUAAAAACUCUAGAUUUGUUAACCAUGAAAAGUCUAGACAGCAAGGUGAACAUUAUACCAAUUAUAAGCAAAGCAGACAGCAUUUCAAAAACAGAACUGCAGAAGUUCAAAAACAAUCUCAUGAGUGAAUUAGUUAGCAACGAUGUCCAGAUAUACCAGUUUCCAACUGAUGAUGAAACCGUUUCUCAAGUUAAUACCAUCAUGAAUGGUCACUUGCCAUUUGCUGUAGUAGGAAGUACGGAAGAGGUGAAAAUUGGAAACAAAAUGGUGAAAGCUCGUCAAUACCCUUGGGGCAUCGUACAAGUGGAAAAUGAGAACCACUGUGACUUUGUGAAGCUUCGUGAGAUGCUUAUUUGCACAAAUAUGGAAGACUUAAGAGAACAGACUCAUGCACGCCAUUAUGAGCUGUACAGGCGCUGCAGACUGGAAGAGAUGGGCUUCAGAGACAUUGGCCCUGAGAACAAACCAGUAAGGCUUCCAUGUUCUAAGUCUUACACAGAUAGGAAAACUGUAUGUCACAGCUUUGCUUCUGUAGAAAGUCUGCAGGAAGCCUAUGAGGCAAAGAGACAUGAGUUCUACCUUGAGCUGCAAAGAAAGGAGGAGGAGAUGAGACAACACUUUGUGCAGAGAGUGAAGGAGAAAGAGACAAUAUUGAAAGAAGCAGAGCAACAAAUACAGACUAAAUUUGAUCAUCUUAUGCUAAUGCAUCAAGAAGAGAAACUGAAAUUAGAGAAAAAGAAAAGAGCUCUAGAAGAUGACAUAGCUAUGUUUAAUAAGAAGAAAGCUAAUGCUGAAUUACUCCAAACACAAGCAUUUGUCUCUACUCCUGUUGUUAGUCUGAAGAGAGACAAGGACCGCAAAAAUUCCGGCUUUAUGUAAUGCUGCUGAUAGAAGAAGCAAUACUGAUAAUUUCUCUUGAGGAAGCUGUGAUUCACAGUGUGCUUUUGGAGGUGGAGGAGUUGCGGUUUCUUACUAAAGGAAUUGGAGAAUCUCGUUGCCACAGGCUACAAGAGAAGAAUUUUUAAACAUGAUCCACACGCAUCCGGUGUGGCAAUUACUGUCAGUGUCACUGUGGACUUCAUAGGAUGUGUCUGCCUUGAUGUGCACUUACUUUACGUAUGUGGCCAACCUGCAUUCAUUUUAAGUGCAUUGUACCAAAGAAAAUGCGCAUGCCAUGAAGAGUUCCAUUCAUAAUAUGAAUGCUGUAGUACAAAAGUAUUCAGUGAAUAUAUCUACUAUAACCUUUCUAAAGAAUUAUUUUCUAAAGAAUUAUUAUUUCAUAUGGUUUGGUAGAUCAGUCUACUAAAUAUUAUUUAAUACAACUGCUGACAUAGCGCAACCAUUUACUGAUUUUGCUGACUGGUUUAUGUAUAGGCUUUUAUGUACAAGCACUGUCCUAUUUUUCUGAUACAACCUUUGUAAUCAAAACUUACUGAGAUAUUUUUGCAAUGCUGCACUGUUGCAUGAUAUUUUAUCUGACAUUACUAACAAUUUGGAAAGUACCUACAACUUCUUGUUGCUUGUGACUGGUGCUCAGUUACAGCAGAGAUGAAACUUUACAAAAACAACUUCAAGAGCUUCAGGUUAAAACAAGUUUCAAAUGUUUUUGUAUUUUCAGUAGUUGCAACUCAUCGGAAACGUUCUCUAAGAGGUGACAUUCUCUGAAGGUGUUUUGUAUGACUUCUAAAAAGUGAAGUGCUAAGUUGAUAGAAAUAAAAUACUUUGCUUAA